AUGUUCCGCCUCUCAUCCAUCAUCACAGCGGCUAUCGCCCUGGUCAGCGCCGUCAACGCCGCCUGUGGCGAUGGCUCUCCCCAGGGUGUAGUCUCCGGCUCUGGCUCCUCCUUCACCGCCACCGUCAACGGCGCGAAUGUCUACUCCGGCAGCGACUACCGUCUCGCCAUCCAAACCGCCCUCGACCGCAUCGGCGCCAACCAGCGCGUCACUGUCCGCGCCUCGGGCAGCAUUGGAGCAAGCACCAUCAGCAUCACCAGCGGAAAGACGUUCGAGGUCUGCGGUACCAUGAACGUUGUCUCCAGAUCUGGUCGUGGAGCUAUAGAGGUUAUCAACCAGAAUGAUGUCAAGAUUCCCUACCUCAAGAUGACUGGUAGCCCCUACUUUGGCAUGCGCUUCUCUGGUACUCGAAACCUUGCUCUUGGUGACAUUACCAUGAACCUGAGCGGCGGUCUUGGUAUCCGCUUUGAUCGCGAUGCCAACUUCAACUAUGGUGUCAGCAUGGGUAACAUCGUCGUCACCGGAGCUGGCAGCCACGCCGUCGAGGUCUGGAAGGUCGACGGUCUCACCAUCACUUCCGUCAAGGCCAGAGACGUCGGCGAAUGCGGUCUCCUCGUCCAAGAAUCACGAAACGCCCGCAUCGGUUACGUCGAGGGUAUCAAUGUCGCCAGAGGAACAGGCUACGCCACCCUACGUUUCGCUAACGAGAACGGAAAGCUAAACAACGUCUACACCACCACAAACAUCUUCGUCGACAGAGUCUACUCUCGUGGCGGAGGUCGUGGCAUCUUCUGUGUGUCACGGUCUGGUGCUGCUGAGAUCAAGACCAUUGAUCUAGCCGAUAACGGCAACAACGCCAUUCUGAUUGAGAACUGCUAUAACAUGGCCAUUCGGGACGGUGUCAUUAACGGUGGUGGCGAAGUCCGUGUUUCUGCUCGCAGCGAGUUCCCUAACACUAGUGGUAUCUACGUCAAGGCUCAGGUCAACAACAACAGCGUUCGCGAGUCACCUUGUGCUGAGAACAUCUACUGGGGUAUCACUGGUAACGCUAGGAAGAACGUUUGCUAG